GAAGUGAAUGGUUAAAGACUGCACUGCAUGGUGUCCUUUUACGGGACCAAAGAGUGAGAAAAAACUUUUGAGUGGAAAUGUAAUAAUAAUGAGAGGACAGCGCUGCAGCCAUGGCGUUUAAUUUGAGUGAUCUUGACUUUGGGACCAUAUUACGUGAGACGAUGCUGCUUUGAUGAAGAGAUGUCAAAAGUGGCUAGUGGGAGAACGUUACGUAUGCCUUGGAAUCUUUGCAUAAGGAUUUAGAAUGAAGAUCGAAUGUGAGAAUAAUGGCGAGGAAAAGGGAGAAGCCAGCACUCUCAGGCAGGUGUCGGUUGGAUUGGUUGUGACGUCAUCUACCUUAGUGGUGGGCAUGAACGUUGCUUGGCCCUGCAUCCUGCCCAAAAUGCAGAGCGAUCCUGAGGGUAUCCACAUCACGGAACAGGAUAUAUCGUGGCUAGUGUCAUUAUCGGGCAUCGUCGGAAUGUUCACUUCUCUCGUCACGGGACCCCUGAUGGAGCACUUGGGCCCCAGACGUCUUCUUCUUCUGAUUCUGCUGCCGGUGUUCUUUCUGUGGAUGCUGCUGGCCUUCGCCCCCAACCUCUCCCUCAUCUACGUCAGCCGGGUCGGUCUCAGCGCCAGCAUGUACGCCAUUUCGACGUUCAUCCCGCUCUAUGUGGCUGAGCUGAGCCAGGCCGAGAUCAGGGGAGCCAUCGCAUCUCUCACCAUCAUCACCAGCUGCGUCGGGAUGUUGACGACCUACACCACGGCGCACUUCCUUCACUGGAGGCUGGCUACGGCCCUCUGUGCGGCUCCCUUCCUCCCGCUCUUCCUUCUGACGCUUUUUGUGCCCGAGUCUCCUUACUGGCUAGUGAGGAAGGGCAUGAAGGAGGAAGCACGGGCAUCCCUCUUGAGGCUCCUAGGACCCCGAGCUGACGUCGACAGAGCCCUCAGAGACAUUCCUGACGUCAGAAAGGACCAGGUUUCCCUUCUGGAACAGAUCAAACUCCUGAAGAGAAAGGAGUACGGCAAGCCAGUGGGUCUAGUGCUGGUCAUUUUCUUGCUCAGGGAACUGAGUGGCCACAACACCAUCUUCUUCUACUCCGUGUUCAUAUUCCAAAGGGCUGGAGUGGGAGUAGAUGCCUUCCUGUGUUCCGUCCUGGUGGGCUGCGUCCGCCUCAUCUUCUCAGGAGUGUCUGUGGCGAUCAUAGACAGAGCUGGCAGGAGACCGUGCUUCAUCGGCACCACAGUCACGUGCUUCCUGGCGGAGAUGACCAGUGGAGCUUUCCUUUUGUGCGACGUCACUGGGGCCUCGUGGGUCCCUGUGAUCGGCGUGCUGGUCUAUGUGGCAUCCUAUGGAAUGGGUCAAGGGUCCAUACCGUGGAUUCUCCUCGGGGAGCUCCUGCCGAUCCCGGUCAGGUCGGUUGGCGCUUCCAUAAUCGUUUUCCUGAACUGCCUCCUUCUCUUCGGUGUCAACUUCGUGUUUCUGAUGGCCAUGAACAUCUUGAGUGUGGGGGGAAUUCUGUGCUUGUUUUCCCUGUCAAAUGUUGUUUUAGCUGUGAUAUCCUAUGUGUGGCUACCAGAGACUCGAGGACGCCUUUUAAAAGAACUGGAAAACAUUUGCAGUGACAACGCAGAAGACUUGGUCGUGCCUGACCACGCUGUAGAGAAAGGAGCUUAUACAAAUGAGGGGAUGGAAGAGGACGUCGCGAAAACACGCUUGUAAUUUAUUAUUUCUUGACAUGGAAGUGUAGAAUGUGAUGUUCCUUUUUUUUUGGUGUUUAGCUUUUUGGCGGAAUUUCCAUACAAAUUUUCAGGUUUUAGUCUAAAUUGUGCAUUAACCAGGAAAACUCCUUAUUUUUAUAUGAGCUUCCGUCCAGCUAAAACUGACAGUAAUAUUAAGCUGAAGAAAUAGUUGGAAGUGCACAUCUAAAUGUUUUGUUCAAGUGAGAGAUAGCUGUUCACAUCCAGUUGUUUAAUGUCGUAUGCAAACCAAAGGUUUAGUUUGUAGUUUUGUAUCGACCAUUCCGAAGGCAUAGAAAUAUCAAAGUUUUUUAAAUGAAUAUCAAAAACUGUUACGGGGCAUUUAGACGGUGAGAUGACAUUGUUUUGUGAACUACCUUCAAAAGGCAGUACUGGCCUUUUUAAAGCUUUUAUACUCAUUCCCAAUGGAAAAAUUAUUACCAGUGUCCUUGGAAUUUGAAGAAAAGUUUCAGAAAGCCAACUAAUAAUUUUCUACCAGAAUGAAGUAUGAAUACGGGUUCCAUUUCUACAACAUGCAGUA